CUCUUUCUCUCAAAAUAAAUAUAUAUAUAUUUUUUAAAAGGAUGGGUCAAGGAUGACUCCAGGAAGAGAGUUGCCAUUUUGAGUUGGGGGAAAGAGUUGGCAUGUCAGAGUUGCCUAUUAGGCACCCAAGUGGAGAUGCUGAGUAGGCAGUUGGAUGUAUGCGGCUGGAACUCAGCGUAGAGGCUGGAGAUACGAGUCUGGGAAGCAUCUAGGUAGAGAUGACAUCUGAGGUCACAAGACUGGAAGGGAACGUGAAUAGAGUGUGAGUGGAUAAAGAAGAGAGGGCUGGGUUCUAGCCCUGAGACACUCUAAAGGGAAAAGAGGAAGAACCAGCAAAGGAGAAGAGAAGGGGUCAGGAAGCCACUCAAGAGAGUGGUUUCCUGGGCACCAAGUUUAGAAAGUGUUUCAAGGGAGGAGUGAUCCGCUGUGUCAAAUGCUACAGAUAGGUCAAGAAAGAUGAGUAGAAGUGACUGUGGUGUUAGUACAGUGGAGGACACUGGUCCUUGACAGGGGCAGGUUCAGUGGAAAGGUGGAAAUUCCUGGGGUAAUAUCUCAGAGAACAAUGAGGGAGGGUAGAAUUCUGUGCACAGUUGUAAGAAUCGGUCUUAACAGGCAGUUCAUACAGUCAUAGGAGGGAGGCAAUUAGGUGGCUCCAUGAGAUGAUACGAACCUGUCAAUUUACUGGUCCCCAGGAUUUUUCUUAGUGAAAUAGGAAGCAAAAUCAUUAGCUAAGAAUAAGGAUGAAGAAGAAAGUGAUGGAGGUUUGAUGAGAAGAGAAACAUGACAUAAUUCUUUAGGAUGAUGGCUGGGGCCAGCUGAAGGAUGGUAUUUAAAACCCAGUUGAGCAGAAUGUGGCGAGCUACGUUUCUCCUUGAGAGGUUAGUCCCUCAAGGCGCUCGGUAGUCCGCGUCCGUUUCCUUGGAGACGGACAGCCCGGUCUCGUUGGAAAGUUUGAGCGGCCUAGGUUACCACGUGGUCCACGCUCAGACAAAAGAGUUGCAGAAGCCGAAGAAAUAGGCAGCGCAAGAGAUCAGAGCCCCGCGGACUCACGACUCUUCUUCCAUUUUCCCCAAUGGCCCAUGUCUUUCCAAAACCCAACCGCUCUGGGAUUCGCUCCACAGUCCACAACUUCCAGAUUCUGGAUUAUGUUCCAUGGCAGCGGUCCAAGCAGAAAACCAAGCCAUCUACUCUGCCUCCAAUCCUACAAUCCAGAGGCCACAAGAAGAGCAGAGUGAAAGCUUUGACUAGUGUCCCGCCAGGGUUGCAUUCCAAGUCCGCCACGUCGAUGACAAGCCAGCUGAGGCAGCCACAAGAAAUGCACAGAGAGAAGCUGGACUCUGGGAAGGCACAGGCCAAAAUCCGGCUAAUGAAGACGUUGCUCAGGAACGAGCGAAACUCACUCCAGGAGCUGUGCAGCCAUGAGGUCUUCCUCACGACGCUCAACUGGGAGCUGGUCAAGGCCAUCCAGGACAUGGAGGACAGCUCGGCCCUGAACGCGCGCGCGAUGCUGCAGCAGCAGGACAUCCUUGCGACCAUCGUGGACAUCUUGGAGUGCUCCAACAAGAAGAAGCUGCGGCAGCUGACGUGUGAACUGAAGGAGUGGGAGGAGAAGGAGGAAUCCAAGAUGAAGCACCUGAAGCAGCAGGUGGAACAGCUGAACGCCACGAUCGAGAAGACCCAGAAGGAAGUGAACUUCCUGAGCACGUACAUGGACCGCGAGUACCCUGUCAAGUCGGUCCAGAUUGCCAACCUUGUGCGCCAGCUGCAGCAGAUAAAGGACAGCCAGCAGGAUGAGCUGGAUGACCUUAAUGAGAUGCGCAGAAAGGUCCUGGAGUCUUUGUCUGAGCAGAUUCAGAGGAAGAAGAAAAAACUUCUGAGAUCUCUGGUGGUGAAAAACCAGCAGCGCCAUCAGGAGGCUCUUCUGCAGAAGAUCCGGGAUGGCCAGGACAUGCUGAGAUGCACGGGCAAGCUCAGAGAACGUCUUCCUUCAUCCGCUGUCGGCGAGAGUGGCCUUCGCUGCCGGCCCCCGUUAAGUCUCAUUACCAGCUGCCUCUCAAACGCGCCAUGCCGUGUGCUUGAAGAGGCUCUCUGUUCCUGGGGAAGGCAGAGCCCUGCACAGGGGGCCGGGGAGACCUGGAUCUCGCCUCGCCUCGCCUCUGCAGCUGACCACGUGGCAGAUGUGACGUUGCCCGUCUGGGCCUGCUUGUCCCACCAGCGCACGGGCAGCUGACUUACAUCAUCUCUCUGGAACCCCCUUCUGGUUCCCAGAUUCCGUGUUCCCACCAAGUGGGUGCACCCCUAAGCUUCUUGGUUGUUCAGGAAGGCGCAGUUGAGUGGGGUGGUUGACGCCAGGGAAUAGCCUGGAAGACACUCUGAGGAGAGAAGGAUGUCCUCUCUGCUUGGUACACCGCUGGGCUCCAGAGGAAGAAGUUCCUUCCUUCCCAAGCCAGUUCUCUGCCACCUUUCUUGUGUCAGGCCCUUUGUGGCAGAGCUUGGGGGUCCUACUAGGUCUGGCCUCUCCGUGAUGGCGCGCAAGACCUGGGGCACCUCCAUGAGGAGGCCUCAGGUAGGCAGUUGACCUCAGGAGAUGGAUACUGGCUAGCGAUGGAAAUUUAUGUAUUGCCAGUAUAGAGAUGCGUUUCCUUUUUCUUCUUUUUUAAUGUGUACUCAUUUUUGAGAGAGAGAGAGAGAGAGAGACAGACAGACAGAC